AUGCAGUUCACCAUUGCCACCGUCCUCUCCCUCCUCACCAUCACCCUCGCCGCUCCCGCGGCUAUGGAGCGUCAAGUCCCUUACACUCCCUGCUCCGGCCUUUACGGUACCGCCCAAUGCUGCGCUACCGACGUCCUCGGCGUCGCUGACCUUGACUGCGCCAACCCCCCGGCCACCCUCGCCAACGCCACCCACUUCGAGUCUACCUGCGCUGCCAUCGGCCAGCGCGCUCGCUGCUGCGUCUUGCCUAUUCUCGGCCAAGAUAUCCUUUGCCAGACCCCCGCUGGUCUCUAA